ACCUAAGAUGGCCGCCGCCGCGGCGACGGGCCAGAGAGACCUCAGGAGCGGCUGCCCUCGUUCAAGAUGGCGCCGCCGGCUUCGAGCGCGGCCGCCCUGUCCGCGCGAGCUCCGCCCCGCCACCGCCGCCUCCUCAGCAGCAACGCCGCAGCCGCCGCUCGGCCAUGGCGAGCCGGUGAGGAGACGGACCGGCGCGGGGCAGGCGGAGCAGCAGCAGCCGCGGGUUGAGGAGGAUGCGCCGCUAGGCCCCGGGCGGGCGGCGAAGCCUCAGCCGCAGGAGACGCCGCCCUCCUGCUCGCCGCCGCCGCAGUCAUGUCGGGCCGGGCGAGCGGCUCCCCGGCCGCGGCGGUGGUGGUGGCGCUGCCGCCGCCCGCCUCCUCCCCUUCUCCGCGGGGCGCCUCUCCCGGGGCGGCGGCGGCGGCCUCCUCGUCGUCGUCGUGCAAGGAGAAGCGCUCCUUCAGCAAGCGGCUGCUCUUCCGCGGGCGCCGCGGCGGGGGCUCCCCGGCGGCGGCAGCGGCCUCCUGCUCCUCCUCGCCGCCUCCUCCGGCCUCCGCCUCCUCCUCGGGGCCGCGCGCGCUGGGCGGCUUCAUGAGCCGCGUGCUGAAGACCCUCUCCACCCUCUCGCACCUCAGCUCCUCCGAGCAGCAGCAGCAGCACCACCACCACAGCCUGGGCCGCUGCUUCCAGCCCAGCCCGGAGCCCGAGCCGCCCCCGCCCCCGAGGCCUGCCCCCGAGGCCGCCCCCUCGCCGCCGCCGCCCGCUGCUGCUGCCCCCGCCGCCGCCCCUUCGCCGCCGCCGCCGCCGCCGGGCCUGCUGCUGCCCGCCGGGCCUCCGGCUGCCGGCUGCUCCUCGGUCUCCUGCCCGGCCGUGCCCGGCGUGGCGGGGCUGCGCAACCACGGCAACACCUGCUUCAUGAACGCCGUCCUGCAGUGCCUCAGCAACACCGAGCUCUUCGCCGAGUACCUGGCCCUCGAGCAGUACCGCGGCGGCGGCGGCGGCCCCGGAGGAGGCGCGGCCGCAGCAGGCCCGGCCCAGGAGUCGCUGCGGGAGGAGGCCCCGCUGGGCGAGGAGGAGGAGGAGGAGGAGGCCCCGCCGCCGCCGCCCCCGCUCUCGGCCGGCGAGCCGGGCCUGCUGCUGGACAACCGCUGCUGCACGUCGGAGACCCGCGGUGGCGGGGAGGUGACGGAGCAGCUGGCGCAGCUGGUGCGGGCCCUCUGGACGCUGGAAUACACCCCGCAGCACAGCCGCGAGUUCAAGAGUAUAGUCUCCAAGAACGCUAUGCAGUACCGUGGGAGCUCGCAGCAUGAUGCUCAGGAGUUUCUGCUCUGGCUUCUGGACAGAGUCCACGAGGACCUCAACAACGCAGUGAAGAACAACAGCAGGCCUUCUCUGAAGCCGCCACUGGAAGACGAUGUCUUGAUUGAGGGACCAGCCUUUCCAAUCAACAGCACUUUUGUCCAGGAGCUCUUCCAGGCCCAGUACAGGUCGUCCUUGACGUGUCCUCAUUGCCAGAAGCAGAGCAACACCUUCGAUCCGUUCCUGUGUAUCUCGUUGCCAAUCCCCCUGCCUCACACACGGCCGCUGUACAUCACGGUGGUGUACCGAGGGAAGUGUUCCCACUGCAUGCGUAUUGGGGUGGCUGUGCCUCUCUCUGGAACGGUGGCCCGGCUGCGAGAAGCUGUGUCCAGAGAAACUAAAAUCCCCACCAAACAAAUCGUGCUGACGGAGAUGUACUACGACGGCUUCCAUCGCUCGUUCUCUGACACAGACGACCUGGACAGCGUGCAGGAGAGCGACUACAUCUUUGCCUUCGAGACCCCGGAGAUCUUUCGACCAGAGGGGAUCCUUAGCCAGAGGGGCAUCCAUGUGAACAGUAACCUGAACCACUUGAAAUAUAGCGCCGACCAUCACAGGGCUUCAUCCUAUCCCCCUCAAGGCAGGCUGGAGAACUCCAAUCCCCGGCUGGCAGCGGCGAGUGACAAGAUUGUAAUCUUGGUGUGUAACAGGGCGUGUACCGGACAGCAGGGGAAGAGGUUUGGGCAGCCUUUUGUGCUGCACUUAGAGAAGACUAUUCCUUGGGACCUCCUGCAGAAGGAGAUUUUGGAGAAGAUGCAGUAUUUUCUGCGGCCUUCAGCCUGCCUUCAGGUUUGUCCAUUCAGCUUGCGAGUGGUCAGCGCUGUGGGCAUAACGUACUUGUUACCUCAAGAAGAACGGCCUCUCUGCCACUUGAUGGUGGAACGAGCCCUGAAGUCGUGUGGGCAAGGCGGCCCCCCCCACGUGAAGCUGGUGGUGGAAUGGGACAAGGAGACAAAAGACUAUUUGUUCGUCAAUACAGAAGACGAAUAUGUCCCAGACGCGGAGAGUGUCCGCCAGCAGAGGGAGCUCCACCACCAGCCUCAGACCUGCACCUUAUCCCAGUGUUUCCAGCUCUACACCAAAGAGGAACAGCUGGCUCCGGACGAUGCCUGGCGCUGCCCCCACUGCAAGCAGCUGCAGCAAGGGAGCAUCACACUCAGCCUUUGGACUCUGCCCGACGUCCUCAUCAUUCACCUGAAGCGCUUCCGGCAGGAGGGAGACCGGAGGAUGAAGCUGCAGAACAUGGUCAGGUUCCCGCUGGCCGGCCUGGACAUGACGCCCCACGUGGUCAAGCGCAGCCAGAGCAGCUGGAGUCUGCCCUCCCACUGGUCCCCCUGGAGGCGCCCCUACGGCCUGGGCAGGGACCCGGAGGACUUUGUCUACGACUUGUACGCCGUCUGCAACCACCAUGGCACCAUGCAGGGUGGCCACUACACAGCCUAUUGCAAGAACUCCGUGGACGGCCUGUGGUACUGCUUUGACGACAGCGACGUGCAGCAGCUGGCGGAGAACGAGGUGUGCAAGCAGACGGCCUACAUCCUCUUCUACCAGAGGCGGACAGCCAUUCCCUCCUGGUCAGCCAACAGCUCAGUGGCAGGCUCCACAAGCUCCUCGCUGUGUGAGCACUGGGUGAGCCGACUCCCAGGCAGCAAGCAGCCCAGCAUUGCCUCCGCAGCGUCCUCCAGGCGCACCUCCCUGGCUUCCCUCUCGGAGUCCGUGGAGCUGAUGGGGGAGAGGAGUGAAGACGACGGUGGGUUUUCCACGCGGCCCUUUGUGAGGAGCGUCCAGCGCCAGAGCUUGUCCUCCCGGUCCUCCGUCACCAGCCCCCUGGCUGCGAGCGAGAACGGGCUCCGGCCCUCGUGGUCCCUGUCGGCCAAGCUGCAGAUGCGCUCCAGUUCCCCCUCGCGCUUCCCCGGGGACUCCCCUGUGCACAGCUCGGCCUCCACUCUGGAGCGGAUCGGGGAGUCUGCGGAUGACAAGGCCUCCACCUCGUGCUUCGGCAGCCUGCGGAGUCUUUCCGGCAGCUACCAGGAGCCCCGGACUACAGGCGGCAGGGCUCCCCUGGCAGUCAUGGAGGGCGUCUUCCGUGACGAGGGGCCUGUGUGGAGGCCGGGCGCGGGCGCAGACGCCUACAGCAAGAGCACUGCCCUGCAAGUGGACGGGAGCUGCUCUGCUCUGGACCCUUUUGACAACAACAACCAGAUCGCCUUUGUGGAUCAGAGCGACUCGGUGGAGAGCUCUCCCGUCAAGGAAGGCAGAAGCUUCAGCGGGAUCGGGCUGUCCUUGGCCCGAGCAGAGGGCCCCCCCGCCAAGGCGGCCGAAUCCAAAGCUGCCUUGGAGGCCGACAGAAGCUCCAGGCACGGGAGGGCCGCCUUGCCCAGCCCUGGGCCCCCGCUGCCUCGCCAGCCCCCCGCCUCCCCCCCUCCCUCCAAGCACGUGCCGAAGGCUUCUCGCUCUCGGAGCCGGGCAGAGUCCUCCCGGUCCAGCGGGCGCCACGGCUCCCCCGCUGCGGGGCACAGCCGCAAGGAGGCCGGCUCCAGGGCCCGAGACGCUGCCUCUGGCGCCUCCGCUCAGCAGAAGCAGAAGCUGGUCUCCUCCUCCUCCUCCUCUUCCUCCACGGCCGUGAGGAGGAACUCGGCCGGCUCGUCGGUCCGGGGCCAGGCCCCUGCGGGCAAGAGCAGGACUUCGGAGCGCAGCCUCAGCAGGGAAGGCUCCAAGCUGAGCCUGGCCUCGGACAAGGUCAGCGUCGCCGCCGGCUCGCGGACGGGCUCCCCGCGGACCAGCCAGGCGCGAGGCGAGGGCCGGACGGCCGACGGCAAGCACGUGCGCAGCUCCUCCAUGGCCAGCCUGCGCUCGCCCACCCCGGGCCCCCGCUCGGCCUUGAAGCGGGACAGCAAGUCCGAAGACAAAGGGCUGUCCUUCUUCAAGUCUGCCCUGCGGCAGAAGGAGUCCCGUCGGUCGGCCGACCUGGGCAAGACCGCCCUGCUGUCCAAGAAGAUGGCGGCCGGCAGGAACCUGCCCGAGGAGAAGCCGGACAGGAGCAAGAGCAGCCCCCAGCCCCUGCCGCGCCCGCUCUCCUCCGCCCACCCGGCGGCCACCGAGGCCUCCCCCGCCAAACGCUCGCUGCUCGCCAGCCGCAAAGCCAAGUCUGCCCAGCUGGAGGCCGGCGCGCCCCAGUCGCCCGGCGCCGGCAAGCAGGCUGCUGAGAAGUCCCCGCGCACGCUGCCCCCCGCCAGCAUGCCCUCCUCCGCGCAGCCGCCUUCGACGUCGCAGUGAUCCGUGGCUGGAGCCCCCCACGGGGCCACCGCGCGCUCCCUUUGCCAAGAAGCCCUUUCGUCUCUGCUUUCUGUCCACGUGCCUGGCGUGUCUGAGCGGGACUGGACGACUCUUCAAGCGCCUUCGGAGUCCGCCAUCAUACCAAAUCACGCGAGGCAGGAGUGGCUGGCAGGCGUGGCGGGGGCUGCCGGAGGACGCCGCCCCCCCCGCCCCGCGGCAGAUCCGGACUCUGGACAGAAUCCUCUGUAGGGACCCUAACCACUCUUUCCUCCCGAGAGCGCCUCUGGAGCGUGUAAAUGGCUCGCUGUGUCGCUGUUGCCACGCUGGCCGCCCUCCCCGGAGGCUCUCCCUGGUCCGGCUCUGUGAGCUACGGAAGAGCUGCGCGGGGAGACGGUGCCAGGCCCCUUGGUCCUGCGACCCCCACCCCCCCGCCCCCCCAGCUUCUUAAAGGGCAAUAUCUCAACGCUCAUGUUGUUUCUCAGGUAAACACUCCGCUAGUUCUGGAGGGAAUGGAGGACUCUGGGGAAAAGGGGCAUCCUCUCUCCUGGGCGGGGGGGGGGGUGUCUGUCUGUCGGGAAAGUCGGUCUCUUUGCGUCUUUGGUUCUCCUUGCGUUGUUCCAGCAGAUCUCUGUGUUUGAAGCGUGUCCUGCUUGGCUGCUCCUUUGUGUCGACACUGAUUGGAGGGAGGGGAGCGUCCCCCCAGCAGAUCUGGACCUGGAAGGGCUGCAGAGCCACGGGGAAUGCAGCUGUGGGGCAGGAGCGGCCAGGGGUGGGGUGGGGAGGCACAGCGGCCUCUCCCGCCUUGCUUCCUUCCCUCCCAGAGCUCCGUUUGCACCGCUCUUUCCCACCUUGAGAGUCGUGCUGCCUGCAGGCUGGCCAUUUGGCUAACCGUGCAGCUCUUCCUAAGGGGGGAGAGGAGCAAGUGGAGUCCCGGGAAGCAGAGCCCCCCCCCGUCUCCUUGGCCGCCCCCCCCCCCCGGUUAGGAGAGGAGUUGCUCCUGCUGCGGGCGUGCCUCUGCAGUAGUCCAUGGAGAAGGAUGCUCUGCGGCCUGGCCCCCUUCUCUCUUGUGGGUCAGCUGUGCUCCUUGCUGGGGGGGGGAGGGUGUUGUGGGAGACCCGUCCGUAGGUCCUGGCUUUGGCACGGCCCCUCCAAAGGAUCCUGCCUGGGCUGGCCUCGUCUUGCCACCCUGACCCACACCUGCCUCCUGCUGUGUCCUUUGGCCAGAGCCGGCCCCUGGGAGGAGGGCGUUCUGCCCCGGCAUUGCUGAACGGCUGCUCCUUCUGGCGGGCAGGUGGCUCCCUUCCCAACACAGAGGGAGCUGCUGCACCCUCUUCUGUGGGCGCUGAAGCCGCGAAGCCGCUGGCCUUUCCCUGGCUGUGCCGCCUCCGGCGUUCUCGGGAGCCCGAGCCCAGCCCCUCUGUGUUGCCCGGUGGGCCUGACGCUUCCCGCCACUGCUCGGGGCUGCCGGUUUUGCAAGGCGGCCAGAGUGCCUGCCCUUGGCGGGUCUGCAUGCAGAAGCAGGCUGCAGAGCGGCGGCGUGGUGCUGCCACGCACAGCCCCUGAGCGGGAGCCUGCUGUCUCUUCCUCUGAUCCUGGGCUUGUGAACCUUGUCAGCAUUGCUGGUUGUCACGCAGCAGGGGGCUCGCCAAGGCAGGGCCAGCGGCAGUCUCUCCCCCCCCCCCCCCGCCUGCAGGCUGGCUCCAGUGGGGCAGCACUGCCUCCCUGGCCGAGUGGGAGCUCUUCUGCAUGCAGCCUCCAUCCUUUCCCUUGCAAACGCUUCUCUUUGCACUGGGGAAGCGCAAAGCAGCUUCCCCGGCUGGGCAGGGCGGGGGCCGGGUGCUACCGCCAGCCUCUCCCCUCCCCAGCUGGGCUGGAGCACAGACGGGCGAGCUGCUCCUUAAUUUUGGUUGUCGGCCAGCCGAGAGCACCGGGCAGCAGGACUGGAAAGGGAGCCAAGCGAUGAGCCUCGGAGGGCUCCGCCAGCCAAGGGGCCGGGUCUCCUGUGCUCUCUGGCGUUAAGGCCCAGCAGGCCAGGGAGGGGCUGUCUGGCUGUGGGCCUGGGCCUCUCCCCUUGUGGGGGCCUUGGCACUUGGCUCCCCCCCCCCAGCCAGCAGACUUCACCUCCAGCCUCGGCUCCUGAGCGUGGAGGGCAGAGCUGCCUGUUUCUCUGCCUGGCUGCCUCUUCGUCUCCCUUCUGGGUCUCGGCUCUGCGGUGGAGAAUGAGUGGUGAGAGUUCGUGGCAUGCAGCUCGGCAGUUCUCUGGGGGUGGCGGGUGGCAGAUUGGAGCCCCUCCCCAAGAGGAGCGACGGAGGCGUCCCGAAGCCCCUUUCGUGGGGCUGAGACCCCGGCUGGUUCCGUGCACCACGAGCAGCCCCCCCUACCCCCCCCGGAAGGCUUCCUGCCCUCUUGAGCCAGGUUUUUCGGCCGUGUUAUUAUGCAAGUUCUAAGCACAUUUUCAAGGGAACCGUUUGCCAGAGGCCCCUUGAGCUUCGUAUCACACGUGUACUUGAGGGACAAGAGGGGGCCUGCAGCAGCCCUCUGGGACCACCGUGGCAAGCAGCCCCCCUCCCCGCCCGCCCUUCAGACACGUCCAUGGACCAACAGGGCUGGGUCGGACCCACGUGGGCCUCACGCUGCACCGAGAGCCCAACUCUUGCUUGCUUGUGCACCACAGCGCGAGUUCCAAGCAUGGCUGGCCAUGCGGCACCCUUGCAUGGCACUGCCCCCCUCGCCCCCCCCCCACGCAUGUCCAUAUUAACUAUGCAAGCACUCGUCUCGUAAGGCUCUUCCUAAGGAGCGGGGGGGGGCACCCAAGGAGGAGCAGCUGCCUGCCCCUCUCCCCUGUCCUGCCCCACUCUUAAUGAGAGCUGCACGGCCUGCAGGCCAGCCAUUCCUCAGGGAGAGCUGUGUAACUGACUCUGUGGCUCUACCUGAUGAAAGGCCGGCCUGCAGGCAACACGUGGCAUGGGGGGGGAGGAGCAGAGCUGUGUCUCCUUUGGCGGCAUCCCCCCCCCCCGCUCAUUAGGAUGAGCCGCUCCUGCCUGCGCUGCUGUUGGUGUGGAGGUGGGUCUCUCCGGCCCCUGGUCCUCCCUGGAGCUGGCCUGAGAGCCAACAGCCUCACCCCAGGCUUGGAUUUGCACCCAGAACUCUUUCCUUGGUGUGGGUCUUUUUUGGACUGUCUUCUGUGGAUGACGCCAGAAGAUUUCAGAGAGCAGGUUGUCUCCUCCCCCCCACUCUCGGUGUCUUUUCAUUUGGCGGCGGCAGCAGCCGCAGCCGCAGCCUGAUUGUGGCCAUUUUGAGGACUGCUGUGCCCACAUCUGGUCGGCAGCCUCCAGCAACUGGCCUCCUCCUGCCCGGAAAGAGCUUCCUGUUGAGCCCAGGUGCAAAUGCCUCCGGAGCAGGAGCAGGCUUCGCUGCGGAGCCCCAAGAGGGCGAGACUCUUCCCUUGGUGGCCUUCGGUCCGAGUGUGGGGAGCCUUACGGAGCUCUCUUGCCACAGAGAGAGAGCGCCACCCCCUUUGGCUGGCUGGCAUCCUGCGUGACACCCCGUCGCAGCCGGUGGCUUUGGUGACCCCCAGGCGGCGGCGGCGGCUGCUGUGUGGGCGCUCUGUUUGCCUCCCUAGACGCGCCAGUCGUCAGCUCUGUGUGUGUGUGAGAGAGAGAGAGAGAAAAUGACCGUCUGAAUCCCGUUGAGGGUCGCCCUCUCCUUGGCCUGUCCGUCUGCAGCCGCUUGCCAGGGUCCACGGCCAUCUGCAGAGGCCACUGCAAGUUGGUUCUGAUCUGUGGUGAGAGGAAAGGCCUGGCCCGACUUUUCUGAGCUUGAGGGGAAGUGCUUGAGCCUCAGGAGCUGGGUCUGACCGCACAGAGGAGGAGGAGGAGGAGGAGGAGGAGAUGGGCAUUCCAGCACAGUCCCCUCGUCUCCCUUGACGGCUGUAGAGCGUCAGUCGGGUUUGAGAAGCUCCCAUCACACCCCACCGUGUUCUCUGCCGCAGAGAGCUUGCGGUGGCUGGCCGGAGGCCACGUAGCCGUGGCCCCUAGAGCUCUGUGGCCUUGGGCAGCACUGCGCCCAGUGUGGCUCCCGAGGGCUGCAUGCUUGGGAGGCCUCCUCCUGCAGCUUCCUCUCCUGGGUGCUUGCCACUUGUGCCUCGGAACGUGAGCCUCGAACCAACACUGGAAUGGCCCCUGGAAGAGCUGCUCCGUGCCCCCCCCCGCUCCUCUGCCCCCCCCUUUGUGCUCCCUUUGACACUGCUGUCAGAAUCUCCGAGGGGGUGUGUGUGUGUGUGUCUGUGUGUGUCCGUGUGGGAGAUGGGGGGGUCGGUCUUUUGCUUUGGUUUUUAACUCCACCGCGCUCUGGGAGGGGAGGCUGCGUCUCUUCUUGGGGUGGAACCAUUGUGUACCAUACAAGGGUUUUAACUUAUUUGAGGGCAAGUGCAUGAGACUGUCAAUGCCUUUUAUUUAUUUGUAUGCACUUUUAAUAUGCAGAAUUUAUAUUUUUAUGUUUUAAAAAGAUCAUUUCCUUUCAGAGAGAAGUGUUUGGAUACCAGGUAUUGGAUGACUAAAAGUGGAAACCGUAAUAAAGUUCCAUACAUUUA